GACCUCAAGAGAAUUCAUUUGGUAUAGCAUAGUGGGUAUUAUUCCUGUUCCAUUACUAUAUUGUUUCUUGUACUAAAAUUAGAGACUUAAAUUUUGUUUAUUAAUCUGACAUGGCAUCCGUAUAUAUCAGCUGUUGGUCGCACAGUGUUCAUUUUGCAUUGUUAUUUAACUUUUAAUACAGACUUCAAGUUCCUUGCCGGUUUACUUAGCUAUGAGGCUAUUUGCAAAAGUUGAAGCCAAAGAAGAUAAGGAACCUUUGGUUGAUGUUUCUAAAGAAUCAGUGUCUAAUGCUGAGCAAAUCAAUGACAAUGGCGACCCAAAUAACCCCAAAACAAAAGAAUGGGGUUAUGAUUUGUAUCCAGAAAGAAGGGGUGAAACAUUUAAGCCAAAGUGGUCGAAAAUUCUUUUGGGUAUGGAAGGUCGUGAAAAUAUUGACAAGGUAAAGUGUGAACGCAACGUAUACUGGUGUGUAAAAAACAGCCCUUUGGUCAAACUAAUGAUGGGAGCGCUCCGAAGUUCCGGCUGUCCGAUCGAUCUUCGUCGCCAUAUAUCUUGUGAAGUAUGUGAUACCACUGUAACUGGUGGUUAUGAUCCUGUAAUGAAUCAAAUAGUUGUGUGCCAAAAUAUGGCUCGCAAUGAAGGCAUGGUUCAAGGUGUACUUACACAUGAAAUGAUACAUAUGUUCGAUUAUUGCAAUAAUGAGUUGGACUUUCGAAAUAUCGACCAUUUAGCAUGCACUGAAAUUAGGGCCGCUAAUUUGGCGCAUUGUUCCUUCCUCAGCGCUAUGAUGCAAGGUGAUGCCUCCAUAUUUGACAUAAAAAAGUCUCACCAGAAUUGUGUAAAAACAAAAGCGCUGCAAUCUGUUUUAGCGGUGCGAAAUGUAACAAAACUUGAAGCUAUUGAGGCGGUUGAACGUGUGUUUCCAAAAUGCUACGCAGACUUGGAACCAAUCGGUCGGCGUAUACGACGGAAUUCACCCGAUCAACAUAGAGCCUACAUGGAAGGUCCAAUGUAUGGCUAUGAUAUUUAGCAGGCUCCGGCGAUGAACCUGACUCAGAGGAAGUAGAGACGGUCGACAUAACGACGGAAGCUGAUGCUGAAACUUUAACUUGAACUAGCAUGUACAUACAUAUAUAUAUAUAUAUAUAUAUAAUAUAAGAAAAUUGCGGUUUUAAUUUUUUAUCACAUUACAAACGUUCUUGUUAAACAUUAUUGUAUUAAUUAAUAAUUAAAUAUUUCAAUGUACUUGUUUAAAACUCUUGAAAUAAAAGGAUGUGACUGAUAACUUCAGUACUCAUAGAAAUUAUAUCUUGCCCACAAAGUUA